UGAUAAUAUCGAAACACAAAUGUGAGCUUCUGUGUAUUAGACGGGCGAUUUUCGAUCAAAUAAAAAAUCUCUAGACUAAUUAUUAAUGAUUUAAAAUUUGCCAUUUUUGAUUUUUGUCAUAAUAUUACCUAGGUAUCUAUUUGUUGAUAUUAAGAUACCGCUGUCGCGUUUAAAUAAGAGUUCCAGUCAAUACGCGUGAAUCGAGAAAAAAUAUUAAAAAUUCGUUCUCACAAAAAGUUUGGUCUCAUAAAAUACCGCUCCAACUCAUCGCGUAUCCUAUACACAAGUAGUAUUACAGUCGUCGCCUUGUCUACAGAAUAAUAUUAAAAUGGACCAGUGGAAAAGCGGAAACGCGAUCGUCACAGGCGCGGGUUCGGGCAUAGGAGCGGCCACGACAGUAAAAUUGCUCCGACACGGUGUAAAUGUUAUUGGGUUGGACGUUCAGUCGGAAAAGCUGGAGAAACUAGCAAAUUUAUUAGAAGACGACACGACAUCAGAAAGCAGUCAACGAGGGAUUUUCUAUCCUAAGACCUGUGACAUUACCGAUGAACGAGCAGUGCAGGAUGUGUUUGGCUGGGUGGACGCUGAGCUUGGUGGCGUCAGCGUGCUAGUCAACAACGCUGGUAUCAUAAUGCGGAGCAGUCUGUUGGACGGUACGUUGAAAGACUGGAAAUUUUUCAUGAAUAUCAACGUAUUGGCACAAUGCGUGUGUUCGAGAGAAGCAUACCGGUCUAUGUCUAAGAACAAUAUUAAUGGGCAUAUUAUUCAAAUAAACAGUAUUGGCGGUCAUUCCAUCACACCAUACUACGCACAUAAAAUGUACAACGCUUCUAAAACGGCCAUCACGGUGCUGUGCGAAGGUCUUCGACACGAACUAAGACUUAACAGUUCAAAGAUUAAAGUAUCGAGCAUUAGCCCAGGAAGCGUGGAUACGGAAAUUUUUAACACCGCUAAAUUCAGACCUUCUUCUCAAAUUGUAAGUUCAAGACCAGCUUUAAAACCUGAAGAUGUAGCAGCCAUGGUGAUCACUACAUUGAUGACGCCUCCUAGUGUUGAAAUAGCAGAAUUGACAGUUAUUCCUACAGGAUCUACCAUACAAUCUCACGGAAUGCCUCCUCCAGUAAAUUUAUCUGAUAAAUAAUUACAAUUCUCUAGUUAAUCUAAGGGUUAAUUUAAGUUAAUUUAGUCUAUAUUAGAUUUCAUUCAAAAUUAAUAUAUCUGUUAUUUCUUAUUCGAAGAGUGUAUACUAAAUAAUAAAUAUGUUUAUACGUACAUAAUAAAUAAAAAGUAAUGACAAUUUA